AUGAACGGAACGAGAUGUUGGAAUGCAUCGAACGAGGCAGACAAGAAAGAAGAUGAUGAUGAUGAUCGUCGUGGACCCCGUGAAGAAGAUCGGAGACCAACUAAGGAGCCUGCCAUCGACAUCACGGAUAUCACUCGCAACUUGAAGGUGGCUAGGAAGGAACCUGUCAAGUUAGGCCCCAUUGCAUGGCCCAAGAUGACCAACAUCCUGACAUGGAGAGGUGAAGUUGUUCAAAUCGUGACUGCAGCAGCUGCAGAUGGAGACAUCUCGACAUGGAAGGAAUGGAUCGGGAAGGCAAUGGCGGCUAUCGCACUCAAUAAGUGUAUCGAAAGUGGUGGAGAUGCGGCCAAGGAGGUGGCCUAUAGGGGAUUCAAGACUACCAAUCAGGACAACCUGAUGUAUAGCGCUGCCAACUUGUAUGCGCUCAAGUAUCCUGGUGACCAGCGCCGUGGAAAGUUUUGGAACUUGUGGCUCAAGAUCGGCGUCGCCAAAGAGAAAGAUAAGGAUCCCAAGACAGCGGCUUCACCAAAAGCAGAAGCUGCGCCUAUCAUUCCCACUCCGCCACCGAAGCAACAUAACAAGGAUAAGAGAACGAAUUCCAAUCGACCAAAGGGUGGCAAUAGUACAAAGAGAAGUAAGUCCCAGACGCCAUGCUACUUUCACUUCCAGAAGAAGAAUGGCACCGCCGGGAGCAAAUGUGAAUUCAGCCAUUCGGAUGCUGUUCAUGAAGAGUGGAAGAAGUGGAAGAAAGAUAAAAGAGGAUCAUCUAGGAACAGCAGACGAGGAAGUGGAUCAAGCGGUGGUGGUGGAAGUGGAUCAGGUCGUGACAAGAAUAAGAAGCAAGGAAGAACAGCUUCCCCAGGGAAGCAAGGUGGCAAUUGCAUCAUGUGGAUGCAGAAUGGAUCAUGUAAACAUGGGGACACGUGCCGGUACAAGCACGACCAGAAGCUCAAAGGUGCAAAAGCGAAGAGUAAGCCCAAGGCCACUCUGGCCUUGACGUCAUGGUCAGAUUCGGAGGAUGAAGAUCAGUUCGUCAGGUCAUGCAUGUCUGUCGAGGAGAAGAAAAGCGUGUCAUUCGCCAAGAAGGAGAUCAUCCACAAGUACUUUGACGAUCCCAAGAACUUUGGGGAGUUCACCGUGAACAAGGUUAUCAUCGUGGUUGGUCCCAACUAUGACUCAAAACUUCAUUUGAUUGAUGCUGAAGAUGACCAAGAUGGCAAUGACAAGUUCGUGAUUGAAGAGCCCGUUCCCCACGUUGAUCGAACGGGUCAGAACAAGGAGGAGAUGAUGAUUUGGACUAUGGUCCUGAUCUCGAUGAUCUUGAAGGAGGAUGGAUCCGGAGUCUUGGAGAUCACUAUCAAAGAAGAAGAGAGACGAUUUCAAGUCGAGCUUGGAAAAGAAGAAGGAGGCCGAGAGGAUGAAGAAGAAGUUCUCGGAAGAUUUCGACAAGGAAAAGAUGAUGACAAUGCUGAUGAACAUGAUGCCGAAGACAUCGCUCCCGCCGCCAAUGAGGAAUCGAAGAACACUGAUUGUGAUCAGAUCAAGUAUGUCAACAAGAAGUCAUUCAAGGGUGGUAGUGAUACACACUCCAUCCAAAAGACUGAUGGUAACUCUGACAGUGAAUCCGUCUAUGGCAUGUCAGCAUCAAGUCCUACUUCAUCGAGAAGAUCAACUACAUGUCCGAGUGACAACGAGUUCAUCGACGAGUGGGACGACUGGUCUGAAGUGGAACGUGGAACAGGACCGAUGGCGAGCUGGGAGAGCAUUGAGUAUCUUGAAGAACUCAGAGGAAAUGAUGAUGAGAAGAUAGCCUCUGUAGCGCAGUUCAUCAAGCAAAGUGGCAACAACAUGGGGAGAACUUUCGCCGAUAUGGUCACAGAUACCGAUGGAUGCAAGCACGCGCAAAUUCCUGACACAGGAGAUGCCCUCGCAUUUGUCAUGCGACACAAAGGCGAAGUGGGAGGCAGAAAACAUGCGGUCAUGGUCGGUCUCUUGCUCGGCAAGCAUCUCCAUAAGGCCAACAGUGCUGACAAGGAAUCGCACGAGUCCGCGACCCUUCGCAAAGCACAUCCGAAGCACGUUGACUUUGCAUUUUUACCUGCUGGCAUCACCCAGACCUUUUUCCCGGACUUGGUGAAGGACAUUGCUACUCGCGAUAAGGGCGCCGACUUCUCCGGACUGGCUGAGGACCUCAACGACACCCGGCACAUCGAGUGGGACGUGAGAGGUGUCUACCAUGUUGCCACGAGCACAUCGGCAGAUGCCAUUCGGCGAAUUGCAAACAUGAACCCAUGCCGAGUGCCCUUAGCCACCGGAAUUCGAAGUAGACCUGUGGAAAGCUUGCAUGAGAAAAAAUGCAUCGCGCAACGAAAAUUCUACGAACAGAAGGCUGGAGGUGGUAAUCCAAAGCGGCAAGAAGCGUUGAACAAAUGGCUGCAAUUGAUUCUGCUCUACCCUGUCCAGUCGCGUUUAGGACAGCUCCUGAUUUCGGAUAGUGUCAAGGACGAGAGUACCUUUUCAGUUUGUCGAUUGCUAGAGGACUGGUUUGCCAAGAAGUCCACAUCGACUCUCAUGACCAGAGCCGGAUCAUUCGCCUUGUUUGUUGCUUUUUCACAGAAACAUUUUCCUGACAGGCUGGUCCUUCCGAUUCAAGAAGAUGUGGUGUACGCUUACGUAGACAAUAUUCGAGAGACCGGCAAACCUCCCACGAGGGCACAGACCUUUGUCAGUACUUUGAAGUUUGUCGCAGCUGAGCUUGGCUGGCCAGGAGCCGAAGACGCGGCGAGUUCAAACCGCGUGCUGGGCUCCGCGCACCUCAGUUUCCUUAGGAAGAGAGUUUUGCGCCAAGCCCCGCCUUUGAAAGUCGUGGCCAUUUUCUGUUUAGAACUUUGCAGUUGUUUUGACAAGGAUGUUUACAUGCAAGCCUGCGCCGGGCUCUGUCUGUUCGCAUUGUACGGGAGGCUGAGAACUAGUGACUGCAAUAGGAUAAGUCACGGACAGGUGCAAGGAAGUUUCUUCGAAGGAAGCUUGUGCAGAACAAAAACGUCACGCACGCUGGAGAAGCAGACGCGCUUCUUGCCAGUUGUGAUACCGACACAGGGGCUGUCGGGGUUGGCUUGGUUCCAAGCUUUCCUUGGGGCACGAAGAAAGCUAUGCCUUGAAGACAUUCCAGAACAAGCGCCACACAACACAGAGAACGAGUUUGUGUUAUUUCCUUCAAUGAGAACACUCUCGGCUGACAUCCAAGAAGGCAUAGGGUCUGCUGAGUUGUCAGAACGACUGGCAGAGUGCUUGGCCAAGUUGCUGCCGAACCAUAUUCGAGACGACCACACCUCACACAGCUUGAAGUGUACCUUGCUAACGUUCACCAACAUGUUUGGAAUUCCCUUUGAGCACAACGAACUUCUGGGCUACCAUGUGGUCAAGGGCCACAGUUCAGCCUUGAACUACGCCAGGGAUGCACUGUCACAACCCAUAAAUUCACUUACUGCCAUGCUGCUUGACAUAAGCAAUGGGCUAUUCUGCCCGGACAACCCGCGUGAUCGAAGGGUUGUUCCGGCGGAUGAAGCAGUUAGUGCAUGGAUGCAGUUUGAAGCUGAAACCGGACACUCUGUUUCAGAAGCAUGCAGACAGCUGAGUGAAUGUGAGCCAGACAGUCCUGAAGCGUUUGUGGUGGCGGAACAGAUAGAACGUUUGCAGGGUCGUCUCAGUAUGGAUCGGAAUCAGUAUGAACCAUCGGAAGCACCAGAAGAGAACCAACAGUCAGACCCGGACCUCUCUGAUAGUGAUAGCACAAGUGACUCGGGCAGCACGUCAUGCGAAGAAAGCAUGGCACAUGUUGAGAACGCGCUCUUUGGGGAUGUGCGAUCAGUCAGUGAGUUCGCAGAUGCCAUGCCCAAUGUGGGUCAGCCUCCGGACCACAGCAGUGUGCACAAGAAGGCUGUGUUUGCAAGCCGGGCCUUGGAAAUCGGGCUCACGCGCGAUGAGAUCGCCACCAUCACGCGCCUAGGGUGGUCUACUUAUGGCAAGCUUGCAUUUGCAAGCAAUUACACACCGGGCCAGGCGGACGAAAGACCGGUGUUGGAACUUGCUGCAGCCAUCACUGGGCGAACGCCGCCGCCAGCUGACAGAUUGCCUCUGGUGCGAAGACUAGUCUUUGAGUCGUAUACCUUGGCCGCUGCUGAAUUGAGAACACGAAUGGAGCGGAAGGAGGACGAUGGUCCCCGAAAGCUGACCCAAGCUGAGCGUGCCGAAAGGCAUUCGUCACAGGCCGCUCGCCUCACCGGUCUUGAUUUGACCGGCGAAAUGGAGCCAAGCCACACACUGGUGGACGCCAUCUUCCAGAUGAUGGAGGACAACCAGUUGAAAUAUGUGCGUUGGGAGCAAUGCACAAAACGUGACCAAGAGCUGAUGGGUUUGAAAGUGGAUCCUACUUGGAAACCUGACUCAAACGGUGUCAUUCGCGAAACAAGGGUACGUGAAGAGCUGAAGGCAGAUGUCAGCACCGACUUGAAACUCAGGUUCGCACUUCAAAGAAGAAGCUUGGCAUUCGAUCAAGCUCGCUUGGUUGAUUAUGACCGUUUUGAAAAAUGGACCCAGAUCCUCUUGGAAGCUUACACAGCUUCACCUCCAGAAUGCUACAAGAAAGUGAGCAUCGAGCAGGUCCAGCAUGCAGACAUCGAGAUGUUCAAGUACCUGAUGAAAGAGACACGAAAUGGCAUCCGCUUCAACGGUCAAUUGAACCCUCUGGAAGAAGCCAUCAGACGUGCACUCACUGCGCCGGAGAUCAGGUUGCAUCUGCAGCCGCUGCCUAGCUCAAGUGGCUCAGGCUCAAAGCGGCCGCGUGACGAUGAUGGAAGCGAGCGGCCGAAACCUGCAGCACCUCGUCUGGAUUCUGAGCCUCCUGAUGUCAUUAGACUGCAGCGACAAGUGGCAAAUCUGCAGGGUCGCAUCCGCAACAUGUCCAAAGGUGGUGGUCGCGGCCGCGGAAGAGGUUCAGCGUUGCUGACAGCAACUCUAGUUUCCAAAGGUUUCAAGGGCAUCGCAGUGGAUAUGCUGAAACGAAAGCGCAAAGAGUUUCACCCAUGUGUGCAUGUUGACCUGGCGAGUGAAGAAGGCUCCAGUAACGAGUGGAUCACCUGGUAUGUCAACUCCGACAUUUUCGACUGUUUACAUGGCUCCUGCCCAGGCACCCGCACACAUGCCAAGCGCCUUGGCCACCGCAAGUUGAAAAACAUGCUGGAUACAGCAUACCCGCCGCAGAUGUGCAUGAAAGUGGCCGACCAACUUAUUGACUUUGCUCAUCGAGCAGGCGUCCAGACUUUGGCCGUUGAUGAGCCAAAGCGCAAAGUGCGCAAGACCCAGGCCACCAUGGCAGCAGCUGGCCGGCAGCCUCGUGGUGAGAAGUUCCCUAUGAUAAUCCCUGAAUUCUUGGAAAAGAAAAUGGUUGCCACCACAUCAACGGUCAAAACACCACCAAAGAGUUUGCUGUCCGCAGACGAAUGUCGCCUGCUCGGUGUGCCGAUGCCUUCCAAACUCCUCAAACUAGAAGAGGGGAAAGGACCUGGAGGAGUUCAUAUAGCAGAAAUUGGCAUUUUGCGAUCUCCAGCCCAAUUUGUAGAAGCCGCCUGUCAAGUACAACAUCCAUUUGAUGGCUCCGGGAGUGUAGAUGAUGACGCCAAAAAGAACAUGUUUUUUCUGCUGACCAACGGGUUGAAGGCAAGAGAGCAACGCUGUGCACAACAAUUUGAAUAUUAUGAGCAGCGUUUGGAAGAGCUCGCAACCGCUGAACGGUUGUUGCAUAACCAGUUGGAGCCGGUGAGGCAAGCCAUAGUUGCAGACAAGAAGUUCCUGUUGUUCAAUGAACUUUGCAGGGACGCGGGCGUGGAGGAUGCCUCCCUACGUCAUCUGCAAUUAGUGGGGGUCCCGCUGGUGGGGACAGCAGACUGGACUGGCCAGUUUGAAGAGCAUCCAGUGAUGCCGGCUCUGACAGUAGAGCAGCUUAUGAAGUCUUCCCGCUGGAGCCGGAGAAUGAUCGCCGGCAGCAGCAGGGAAGGUUCCGAAGACUUGCGCCAAGCAGUAUGGGACCUCACUUUGGAAGAGGUCGAGAAAGGCUGGUUGGAGGGCCCCCUCACUGAGACUGAAGUCGAACAGCGUGUGGGUCCUCUUUUCGUUGCUUCACGUCGUUUUGGCCUGCACCAAAGCGACAAAAUACGACAGAUUGACAACAUGAGUGAAAGCCUUGUUAACUCGGCAUUUGGUUCCAGCUACCAUUUGGAGUUGGCUGGUGUGGAUGGCAUCAGUGUCUUGGCCAGGUCCCUGGUAGAGGCAGUGCAAGAUGAUCGUACUGUCCAGUUCAAGCUGAGUGAUGGGUCCCUGCUCGAGGGCCAGCUGCACCCCACCUUUUCGGUGGCAGAAGCUCGCACAAUUGGCGGGCGGACCUUGGAUCUCGAGGCAGCAUAUAAACAAGUUCUGGUGGCACGCAGCUCUCUGUGGGCGAAUGUGCUUGCAGUUACAGACAGCUCUGGUGUCAAGCGUUUCUUCUUGGGCCAUGUGCUCCCAUUUGGAGCCUCUGCUGCAGUUUUUGGAUUUAACCGAAUCGCUCGAGCAAUCUUGACAAUCGGCAGCCGACUUUUUGGGCUGACUUGGACUCACUUCUACGACGACUUCACAGAGCUGGACGUCAUGGCGGGGGGUGACCACGCCCAACGCACUGCCGAGAAGUUGAUGGACCUCAUAGGCUGGAAAUAUUCGGUUAAGGAGACAAAGAGGCUGGAGCUAUCCAAGGAAUUUGUUGCUUUGGGCGUUGAGUUUGACCUUUCGCAGUCCAUUGAGGGCGUCAUCAAAGUCAAGAACAAAGUUUCACGCAUCGAGCAGAUAGUCGCAGAUAUUGACAAGCACCUUGCAGAAGGGGCCUUGUCUGAGGGCGAAGCGGCUGCAAUGCGCGGCCGACUUCAGUUUGCAGAAUCGCAAACUUUUGGACGUGCGGUCGGCCUGCGCAUGAAGACCGUCAAUGCACGAGCUUGUGGAAGCUUGUCGGGCAAACAUAUCAGUGCGCAGAUGCAGGAGGAGCUGAUCUGGGCGAAGAAAUUUUUGCUGACCUCUGUCCCCAGAACCCUCAGGUGCUGGAUGAGCGACCGCCGCCUGGUGAUAUUCACUGAUGCUGCUUUGGAAGAAAAUGACACAUUUGCAAGUAUUGGCAUGGUUGCACUAUGGAUUGAGGGCUCCACUGUUGUUGCCAAAUAUUUUUUCAGCGAAGUCUUGCCGCCAGAUAUUCUGAACGCCAUGCAAAAGAGCACGAGCAAAAUCAUUUCAUCGUUGGAACUCAUGGCAGCGGUGUUAGCAGUGCAGGUUUUGAGUUUGCAGCAUCACACGGGCAGAUCUUUUCUCUACGUCGACAAUGAAGCUGCGAGAGCAUGUUUGAUUUCACAAAAUUCGUCUGUUGAGUCGCACAAACUGUUACUACAGCACUUAAGUGACAUUCUGUGUGGUUCCUCCUUGUUCCUUUGGGUCUCAAGGGUGCCGUCGGCCAGUAAUCCGGCAGACGAACCUUCGAGGCUGCAGUUUCGAAAGCUCUUAACAGACGGGCACAGGCAGGUUCUUAUCCCUUGGAACCAGUACAGGAAGAUCUUUGGCAUUGCACGUGAAGGUGAUUAA